AGUUAGUCACCACCUCCACCCCCAAGUCUCCAACGCGAGCCAAGCUCGCCCUCACUCCACCUCGGAUUCCCCAGCGCGGACGCCCGGGACCCGUUCGGCCGUUCGCCAUGGGCAACUGCUCCCCGUCCCCGCGCCGGCGCGGCCGCCCGACGUCGCCGUCGGGGUCGCCGCCCGUCGCGCGCACCCCGUCGGCGAAGGCCGCGGGCGGUGCGGCGGCCGGGGCCGGCGGCACCACCACGGUCUCGCCCUACGCGCUCGCCAGAUCCCCCUCCGUGUCCGCCGCCGAGGGCGACGGGGACGACGUCGUGCGCGUGUACGGCUCCGACGGGUGCCCCGUCGCGUGGCGGGUCCGCGUCUCGCUCCUCUACAAGGCGGCCGCGCCGGUGCACUUCACGCCGUCCGAGGCGGCCCCGCUGGGGCGACCCGUGCUCCGCCUCUCCGCGUCCGACCCGGAGCUCUGCGGCACGGCCGACGAGCUGCUGCGCCACGUCGACGCGCGGUUCGAGGGGAAGCCGCUGGUGACGCCGCCAGAGCGGCCGGCGCGCGUGUCGGCUGCGGCUGCGGCCGCGGAGGAGGUGGCCGAGCUGGUGCGGCUGCAGCACCGCAGCGCGGAGCGGCACCUGGAGGGCGUGGCGGCGAAGGUGGCGGAGAUGGUGAAGAAGGGAGGGAAGAAGGCGGGAAAGGGGGCGAAGGUCGUCGUGGAGGGCGCCGAGGUGAGGAGGCUGGGUAAGUGGUACGGUGACGCCAUGGAGGUAAUGCUUGAGCACGCGAGGAUGGAAGAGACGGUGCUCUUCCCUGACAUCCAGAGGGCCUCGUUUCCAGGGGUUUUAGAUAAGGCUAAUGAGCAGCACGGGAGGCACUUGCCCAUGAUGAACGGCAUCAAAGAAGACAUUAAAACACUCCUCACUCUGGAAUUAGGGAGCUCCCUCUUCCAUGAAGUGCUGGUCAACCUCUCAGUCCGGCUCAAAGCGUUGCAGGAUCACACCAUAGAGCACUUCAAGGAAGAAGAGAGGGAGCUGCUCCCACGAUUGGAAGGAGUACGGCGGAUGCAGAGAGAGGAGGGGAAUGUAUCUGACAAGUCCAAUACAGCAUGGGCAUCGGAGGCAAUGGGUACGAUGGAGAUGACGCACUCUAAGCUGUUCGCAUUCUUCAUGACUGGUCUCUUGCCUCAGGAGGCUAUUCAAUACUUGGACCUGGUAUGCCGAUGUACUAAAAAUACUAGGCAUCUGGUUUCGAUGCUCAGAUCGCUUGCAGAGCGGCUGGAAGACGCAAACCCAGCAAUUAUACACAACAACCCCACAAAACUAUAUGAGCACCUACUUGUAAAAUCCCCAUAAAGUAUAAUCCCCCCGUCGUGCAGAUAAUUGUUGUGCCACGUAAAUUGUGAAUGCUAACUUUUUUUUUCUUGCCUGGAGUGCAGCUAUGUAUUUUUCGGGUUUGUUGAGCUCCGUAAAAGCCUGUAUAUCUUAUGGUGUUAUCGCAGAAGUGUGUGCGUGUGACUACAGGGAAAAUAUUGACAGGUGAUUGCAAUGACAAUGAUUGAUACUGACCACUUUAGACA